CUCGCCCACUAUUUCUCUCCUCGCUUUCAUCCUCUAUAAAACGCCUCUCUUUCUCCUCCCCUUCGAUCGGCCUCGCUCUUCUCCUUCUUCCACGAUCUCGGAGUCUCCGGAGCCGUCGCCGGACUCGCUUCCUGAUCCCUUGCCGAUCCAGGUGGCUCCCACUGUCCCCGUCACAAUUACGAAAAGCCUUUGGCCUCUUUUGGCCACGUCUCCGCGGUCCGCGUGGAUUUUUGCGGCAGGAGGUUCCUUUGGCGGCUUUGAUUAAUGGUCGCCGCGUGAGCCAUGGUUGAGGACUUGAGGUGGCAUACAGUAUGGAAAGGUUGAAUUUUAUCAUUUAUUUUUCAAAAAAAAAUCUGGAAAGUAAUGCAAGUUUGGAUGAUUAGCUGGCUAGAUUCCAAUUUCUGAGCCUGAGAUGGAAAUUUAGGGUUUAUGAGAAGGUAUAUUCGGUGAUUUUUCAUUCGUGGAUCCCCUGUUCCAAGCCGCAUUGAGUAGAAAAAUCGGAGAUUGCUUUGUGUAUCUGCUAUCUGGAUCCCUAUAGUUUGGCACCGGCGGCUUUUUUUCUAGUGUUGGAAGAAGCAGCGCAUUUUGGAUUAGUUGGUUGUGCUUAUGGGAUCUGAGAGCAGAGGAGAGAGGCAUCACGGCCUGAAACCUUAUGCCGAGGGGAAGGUAAAGAGCAGAUCCAAGUUCAAGGUGUGGAUGAUCCGGAUGACGACCACGGUGCUGCUUUGGACUUGCGUUCUCCAGCUCACGGCGCUAGGGCAUACUUGGGUGCCACGCGUCUGGAAUGGCCGGCCAUCUUGCUCUUCCCCUUCCGAUGUACCAAUCCAAGGCCAACAAUCCACCUCUGCCAUCGUUAAGAAGUUCGUUCAUUCCCCAAAAAGAAUCUACAAUAACAAUGGGUACCUGAUGGUCUCGUGCAAUGGCGGGCUCAACCAGAUGCGAGCAGCUAUCUGUGAUAUGGUUGCCGUCGUGAGAUAUUUGAAUGUGACACUUAUAGUACCGGAGUUGGACAAAUCAUCAUUUUGGUCAGACCCUAGUGAAUUCCAAGAUAUAUUCGAUGUCGAUCAUUUUAUCACAUCUUUGAGGGACGAGGUCCGGAUAUUGAAAGAAUUACCACCUAGACUAAAAUGGAGAGUCGAGAAAGGAUCAGUGUACACUAUGCCACCGGUUAGCUGGUCUGACAUAUCUUAUUAUGAAAAUCAGAUUUUGUCAUUGAUAAAGAAGCACAAGAUUGUGCAUUUCACCAAAACGGAUACUCGGCUUGCCAACAAUGCGCUUCCUUUGGAGAUUCAAAAGUUGCGUUGUCGAGUGAAUUUCGCUGCAUUGAAAUUUACUUCUCAGAUCGAGGAGUUAGGUAGGAGGGUAAUCAGAAUUCUUCACCAGAAUGGCCCCUUUUUAGUUCUCCAUUUACGAUAUGAGAUGGACAUGUUGGCUUUCUCUGGAUGUACUCAUGGUUGCACUAACGAAGAGGCAGAAGAGUUGACGAGAAUGAGAUAUGCAUAUCCAUGGUGGAAGGAGAAAGUCAUUGAUUCAGCCUUCAAAAGGAAGGAUGGUCUCUGCCCUCUAACACCAGAAGAGACUGCUCUGGUUUUGAGAGCGCUCGAUAUAGAUCAUCGUAUCCAGGUAUACAUAGCUGCAGGAGAAAUAUAUGGCGGUGAAAGGCGAAUGAGAGCUCUUUCUGAAGCUUUUCCAAAUUUGGUAAGGAAGGAAACUUUACUUGGUUCAUCAGAUCUUCGAUAUUUCCAGAAUCACUCAUCGCAAAUGGCAGCAUUAGAUUACAUGGUUUCUUUAGCCAGUGAUAUUUUCGUUCCUACAUACGAUGGAAACAUGGCUAAAGUUGUCGAGGGUCAUCGUAGAUUCUUGGGGUUCAAGAAGACCAUCACGCUAGAUCGAAAGGUCUUAGUAGACCUGAUCGAUCAGUAUACUAAUGGAACUUUAGCAUGGGAAGACUUCUCUUCAUCAAUUAAGGCAGCUCAUGCUACUCGCCUGGGAAGACCUACCAGAAGAGUGACGAUACCCGACAGACCAAAGGAAGAGGACUACUUCUAUGCCAAUCCCCACGAAUGCCUCCGAGAAGCUUGGUGAAACACAGAAUUCUCAUUCGUGUGCGUCAACACUUCCAUUAUGCGAAGAAUUGCUCAUGGAGGUGGUCCGACACGCGAGGUUAGAAGGAUUAUGGUUUUGUUUCAUCCAUCUAUCGAUGCAUUGUGAGAGGUUAGAACACUGGAGGAAUUGUUUCAUCCAGUUGAAGAAAAAACAUAUUUACACAAUAAAUCUCAUUCUUGUAUAUGAAAAAAUGAGUUUGAAUGUGUGAGCAAAAAGAAGAGAGACUAAGACAGCUCAAGAGAGAGGAUUAAAAGAAUUUGUGAAGUAUCUGGAUUCAGUAAUUUAUUCAAAGGUUAAGGAAAAACAGAAGUCUAUCCCUUGAUAUCAUAAAUAUUGUUUGAUUUUACAGCAUAAAAAGGGUUCAGGGAACAAGUCGAUAUAGCUUAGUUUGUGAACAAUCUUCAGC